AUUCCAUAUUUAGCCUCCCAGCCAGCCAGCCCUCCAUCCAGAAUCCCAUGACUGUCCUCCCCCAUCCACUCGCUUCACACUUCUCCAUUCACAAGUGACAAACAUCUCUGGAUGACUCAAGCUUUGCGUCAGCAGCCUCCAUCACUGAUGAGGGAAGCAGGCGCGUGUCUUCAGGCAGGCAGGUCGGUAUUGCAUGGAAGCCAGUAUUAAAUAACUCCUUUUUGCUGGAUUACAUCUGUGCAGAAACAUCUGCCUUGGUUUUCUGGAAUCUACACUUCUCCAAAUGCCUAAAAACAGUAAAGUGACUCAGCGAGAGCACAGCAACCAACAUGUCACCGAAUCUGUUGCUGACUUGUUGGCCCAUGAGGAACCAAUAGAUCAUAAAGCAAGUGCUCUCAAUGUUUCUGGUGAGGAGAGUGUAGGAAAACAGCUGGAAGAUAAUUCAGAGGUAGAGGACAGGCCAGCAUGGAACAGCAAGCUACAGUACAUAUUAGCGCAAAUUGGAUACUCGGUUGGGCUGGGCAAUGUUUGGCGAUUUCCGUAUCUUUGCCAGAAAAAUGGUGGAGGAGCAUACAUGGUCCCCUACCUGAUCUUACUUAUUUUGAUUGGCAUCCCUCUCUUCUUCCUUGAACUGGCUGUGGGGCAGAGAAUUCGCAGAGGUAGCAUCGGAGUAUGGAAUUACAUAUGCCCUCGGCUUGGAGGAAUUGGCUAUGCUAGCUGUGUUGUCUGCUUCUUUGUCGGACUUUACUAUAAUGUUAUCAUUGGAUGGAGCAUAUUCUACUUCUUUCAGUCUUUUCAAUAUCCUCUCCCUUGGAACGAAUGUCCAAGCACGAAAAAUGGCUCUGUAGUCCUAGUGGAAGCGGAAUGUGAGAAAAGUUCAGCUACAACAUACUUCUGGUAUCGGGAGACUCUGGAUAUUUCAAACUCCAUAUCACAGGGAGGAGGUCUAAACUGGAGGAUGACCUUGUGCGUAUUGACUGCAUGGUGUAUUGUGGGAAUGGCAAUGAUUAAAGGCAUACAAUCUUCAGGCAAGGUAAUGUACUUCAGUUCGCUUUUUCCCUAUGUGGUUCUUAUUUGCUUCCUUGUCCGUGGAUUAUUACUAAGAGGAUCUGUUGAUGGUAUCCUACAUAUGUUAACACCAAAGGUUGAGAAGAUGCUGGAUCCACAAGUUUGGAGGGAGGCAGCAACUCAAGUUUUCUUUGCUCUAGGUCUUGGCUUUGGUGGUGUCAUUGCUUUUUCGAGCUACAAUAAGCAAGAUAAUAACUGUCAGUUUGAUGCAGCGCUUGUCUCUUUCAUCAACUUCUUCACAUCCGUACUAGCCACUCUGGUUGUAUUUGCCGUCCUUGGGUUCAAAGCCAACAUGAUGAAUGAAAAAUGUGUGGUACAAAAUGCAGAGAAAAUCCUUGGUUACCUGAGUUCCGGAAUUCUAAGCCAAUACAUUAUACCACCACAUGUGAACUUUUCUCACUUGACAACAGCAGAUUAUGCGGAAAUGUAUGGCGUCAUUAAAACGGUGAAAGAGGAUGGAUUUCAAGAUCUCCACCUGGAUGCCUGUUUGUUAGAGGAUGAACUAAAUAAGGCAGUACAAGGUACUGGAUUAGCUUUUAUUGCAUUCACCGAGGCAAUGACUCACUUUCCAGCAUCUCCUUUUUGGUCUGUCAUGUUUUUCUUUAUGCUGAUCAAUCUUGGUCUUGGGAGUAUGAUUGGCACCAUGUCUGGUAUUACUACACCUCUUAUUGACACAUUUAAAAUAAAAAAAGAGGUUUUGACAGUCAGCUGUUGCAUCCUUGCCUUCCUGCUGGGCUUGAUCUUUGUUCAACAUUCUGGAAAUUAUUUCGUCACCAUGUUUGAUGAUUACUCCGCCACACUGCCACUCACCAUUGUGGUCAUCCUGGAAAACAUUGCAGUAGCUUGGGUGUAUGGCACAAAGAAGUUUAUGCAGGAGCUCACAGAGAUGCUUGGAUUUCGUCCAUACCUCUACUACUUUUAUGCAUGGAAGUAUGUUUCCCCAAUCUUUAUGGCGCUUCUGCUAUCAGCUAGCGUGAUUCAGCUAGCUUUCAGUCCUCCGGGAUACAGUGCUUGGAACAAAGAAUUGGCUGAAGAACAAUAUCUGUUGUAUCCUACAUGGGCUCUCUCAUUACUUAUUUGUCUCAUAAUAGUAGCAAUCCUACCAGUGCCUGUCAUUUUCAUUCUCUGGCAAUUUGAUUUAAUACCUGAUGGCUCCAAUAGAUUGUCUGUGUCAUAUAAGAAAGGCCGUAUGAUGAAAGAUAUCUCCAAUUUGGAAGAUAAUGAUGAAACACGUUUUAUUCUGAGUAAAGUGCCUAGUGAGACCCCAUCUCCAAUGCCAUCCCAUCGCUCAUACUUGGGCCCAGAAAAUGCUUGUCCUUUGGAUUUGGGUGGAGCAUCAAAUGGACGGUAUGGAAGUGGAUAUCUAAUGGCAACCACUCCUGAAACAGAAUCGUGAUCCUACACUAUGGCUUAUACUACAAUACUGUCAAAUGCAAUUAACAUUUUGUUUUGUAAAUGAUAGAACUUUCUAAAACACUUCCCUGCAGACCGAACAAAGCAAUGGGUUGCUUAAGACUGAAAAGCACAUAUGGAUUUCUCCCAACACAACACAACCUGUGUAUCUACGCUACAUUAGAAAUGUCAUCUGUACUGCAUUUUUCUACAAAUCAUCGACUUUGCUUCUGCUUUGCAAAUUUGUACAUCCUGCCAUAAUAUAUGCAUAUAUCUGAAAAGCUAGUGGGUGUAUAGCACUGCAUAAUUGAUGUCUAUACACAGGUAUGAUACCUUUAUUAACUCUUAUUUGUGUUUAACCCCCCCCCCCCUCCACUUGAAUUAUUGAAACCGUUUGCACAAGUCUACCAAGCACACUCGCAGGACCAGGUAACCUGCAUAGUUUGUAAGCACAACUUAUGUAAAAUCAAUGAAAGUCUGAAUAGAUAAAUGCUGAACAUAUAAAACAAAGAGAAAAUAUAGCUAUUAUUUUUAUACUUUGAUGUGAUUCAUUUUAAGAAGUUCUUAAACUUUAAAACCCUAAUACAUAUAAUCAAGAUAUUUAAAUGAUAUUCCUAUUUAUUUUUUAUUAUUCAUGACUUACUGUUUUGAUAGUUGUGAUGCUUUUUCUUUAAAAUGAAGCAUACAAUGCAUAAUACACAAAGUAUAAAAAAACAAAACAAGAUUAAAGUGUCCCUGUCAUUAAAAUAAACUUUGGUAAGACUUAGUGUUGAGAUCCCCUGAACAGGAAAACAAGCAGGCAGAAGCACAUGGUAGCAUGCUUCACUCCCUAGCUUGCAGCGAUCUUUGUCCUGUGGCUCCAGUAUAGGGGGCUGUUCAGAGAAGCAUUAUGAAGAUCGCUGCAAGCCGGAGAAUGAAGUGCAGUACUGCAUGCUUCUUCCCGUUCUCCUGAUCAUGGAGGUCUCAGUAGCGAGACCUCGACAAUCAAAAUUUUGACUUGUCUCUGGGACAUGUCAAAAGUUUUUCUAAAUUACACAUACACUUUAAUGUCAAAUUAAAAGGUGGUACAACUGACUAUGUGAAAAUUCCUCAUCCACAUAGCAGCACCUAAGGUAUAAGCACUCCCAACAGAGUUGUAUGGAUCCAUUGUCUAACUCUAUGGCCCUGACUUAAUAUUGUCAACCCGACUUGCUUUUGUUAGGUUGUGCAGCAAAAAGUGGCACACAAGAAAUACCAUAUAAGUGCCCAUCUUAAAAAGAUGUUGUUUUUUAAUGUCCUCAAAAAAUGUAUACCCAAUGGAAUGGAUCACAGCUUAAAAAAAGAGACUAGACCUACACACAAAUGUUACCAUACCUAGAAAGAGUUCUGGUGAAUUUUAAACCAUAGUCAUUUUUACAUGAUAUAUUAUGCUGGCCCAAAGUUAGCUUACUGCCCAAUUGUAUUCUUAUAAAAAAAAAAAUCUAAUUAUUUUAUACUACCACUACUUAUAAAUGUACUUAUAAUACUACAUUAUUAAAGGAAAUCUGUCGUCCCUUUCAAGCUGCCAGAACUAAGAGUUGUCAAUCCCUGAUGGUUAGUCCCUGCCCCUCUAGCCUUGAUUCUCUUAUAGAGCUCUCCCUGUUGGAGUAUAGGAAAAUAUUUAUCAUUCAAGGCGGAUAAGGCAGGGAGAGGCCAAUAGGGACCACCCUGAAAGUAGGAAAGUUAUGGCACAAAAGGAUCUUUGUUAUCAACUUACUAUCUACUGUCUUCUCGCAUAGACUGUGAUCAUGUGAUGUUUUAGGAUUUCAUGUUUCUUCAGUUCAGAUUACACAUUUUAGCACAUAAUAUGGCUUGAUUUAUUUGCUGUUUCAGAGUCUUCAUAGGAACAAUCAUUUUUACUAUGUAUAAAAUUGUCCUAAAUUCACAUACUAGAUUACUGUGUGUCCAUCAUGAACAUUUACAAGCAUUUAUGGGAUUAUGCAAAAAGUAUAAGAACCAUGAACUAUAGUGGUUAAAGUAAUGUUGCAGCAGUGGAUACAUUAUAAAUAGUGACCCUGCAAACCCAAGAUUUUUUUUAGUCUAUGAAACAAUGUUUUUUUCAAUCACAACAACUGAACAUAGAUAUGAACAUAAUAUGCAUUAUACAGUAUAAUUUCAGUGCAUGCUGGGGCUGUAAUAAACACAGUUUGGGUGUAUUUAACAGGAGCAAAACUCCAUAGCAAACCUAUGCUGCUCUGGACAGAAAAAAAACCUUUCUCUGUAAUAUACAGUCUCUAAUAAGUACUGGAAGGAUAAAUAUUUUUUUUAAUAGAAGUAAUUUACAAAUCUGUUUAACUUUCUGGCACCAGUUGACUUAAAAAAAAAAAAAAGGUUUCCACUGGAGUACCCCUUUAAAGCCAUAGACACUCCACAAGCCACUGUAUGCUGCCCUAAGCUUUGCCAUAUGACAUGGUUAUUCUUCCUUAAAAGCAAUGCUCUAUAACAUGGCACAUAAAAACCUGUGUAAAUAGCAUUCUAUAGGCACUUAUAAAGAUGUACCUGUCAUAAUAACUAUUGACAUGUCCUAGGAAUAUGUCAGAAAUUUUGUCAAUCAGGGUCUGAGUGUUGGCACCUCGACUGUUUCGUAGAAUGAGCAGGGACAGAACUGCCAUCGCCCAUAUUAUUGUGUUGGUUAAUGGAUGUUAAUAUAUCCAGACAUACUGUGUAUAAUUUAAGGGUGAAAUUAUGCAAAAUUUAAUCUACAUUAAAGAGAAAACAUGUCAUGUGCCACGCCCGCAAGUAUCACAAGGGGUUUCUAUUUUGGCCAAAAGAUUUAUCUAAAGGUAUAAAAUGGGCAAAGCGGCAUAAACGCAAUCUUUGCUCAUAGCUAUGAAAAGUAUCUGCUGUAUAAUUAUUGAACAAUAAGUGAUCUUAGAAGUCAUAUAAUUUAAAUGGUAUCUUAUGGACAAGCUUGUCUAAGGUUUUUAAAGUUUUUUUUAUUUUUUUUGUUCUGGAACACAUGCACUUUAACUAGGAUGGAAAUAUUAUAACUCAGGGUCCCAACAUUUUUGGUAGCCCAUAUAAACGACACACUGUGGAAUUCAGAACUAUAAUACUUUGUAGUUUUUUCAGUACUUUUUGUUGCUUCUUUUAAAGAGAAUCCGUCAGCUCACCUGAUAGGUUUCUUUUAUUUCCCACAAAAUAAUUUUAUAGCAUAUUUCCUUAUAGCCUCUUGGAAAUGGAUGAAUAAGUUGACAAUAGAAUGUUACCAUUCCCCAUGUGUGUCUGACAUCGAGGUAACAGUCUAAUAAUCCUAAGUAUACAAUUGGUUCAUACUGUGUCAGAAGGAGUGGCAUACGAAUAAAAUAUAAAACAGGUCAGGAGUGCGAUCCUAGUGCAUAAUCCGAGGACACUUAUUAUACAGUGCAGGGUGAAGUUAAGUUCUGCUCCCCUAGGUUGGUUAUGCUCAGAGCAUAACAUCUAAUGCAGCAUGUCCUAUGUGAGCGGGUCAGUAGCCCUGAAGUACCCGAUUUCCUUUGGAUUUUGGCAGACAGCAAUAUGUGGAUCAGUAAAAACUCUCCAAUCCUGGUGCUUCUCCCAAUAAGUAAAAUUCUUUAUUGUUUCAUCAUCCAUAAAUACAGUGUGCAGCAGCAAUCUGGGGCAUGACACAGAUGAGGAUGUAAAUUCAAAAAGUUUGCACCUCCUUUUUGUUGGCUUAGUUUUAUACCAAAGAUGGGAGCAUUUUUGGCACAUCCAAGCCCUGCCCUUUUCACAGAAGCCAUAGCCACUUUCCAAAAAGCUCCACACUAGAUUUUUUGGCAUAGCCUCCUUCUCCCCAGAAAAGAUGCUAACCUUUUUUUCUAAUGUGGAAUAAAAGCAUUUAAACACAGACAUGUCCUGAGGGCUUUUAACAUUUUAUCAUUUAUUUUUAGUUAAUGUAUAACUGGAAUUGGCAACAGUGAGAGUCAGUAUAUUUUUUAAUUGCAACUUGAUCUUAUAAUGUCACAUGCAGUACCAGUUCAGGUUUGGUACCCUGGCAUCUGUAUAUUGUGAAACUCACCUAUUGUCUAUAGUAUGCAAAUAAUAAAAAAGUGACUUUACAUCCAACAAGCAACCUUAAGCUUGGUACCAUAUGUUAAUAUCUGUAAACAGAAUAUUUUCCUAUUGCAAUGAAUAUCAUGAAGACGCUUAGGACUUUCAUGGGUAGGACUACAUACUCUAAAUUAAAUGUAUAAUUAAUAUAUUGUAUAUUAUAUUGUACAUGUAUGUGUAAAUUUUGUCUCUCCAGUAUCUUGUGAAUUAAUUUAUAUACAUUGUAUAUAUUGCUGUAUACUGUAAAUUAGCUUUACUUUUCCAGUGACUUGAAUGUGACCGUAGCUUUUGCAGAACUGCUUGUUGCCUUGUGUAAUUUACUAUGUGUAUAAUGUUCCAAGCUAGCGAUAGGGCUAGUUAACACUGUGUGUUAUGGUUAGAAUAAUCUAUGUGCCUGUAUAUUUUAGAGCCAUGUAGAAUGUAUCCUGCUUUGGGAGCAAAAGUCAAGCAGAAUGCACAUAAGAAUUGGAUGAAGCCUGCUCCAAACCUUAUUGAAAGAUAAUAUUCUGCAACAUCCUUGCCACCUGAUCUCCUGCAAACUCAUGCAAUUAAUAGCCUGGGAGAGAGCCAGUAAUGGGCCAAUUACAAGCAUUUCCAGAGCGCACUAUAAGGCCUCACCAGUCUCAUGGGGCAGCUCAGAUGAUAUCUAAUCUGCCCUAAAAAUACAUAGGUUUAAAAUAGCACAUGAAAAAAACAAGAAGCACAAAGGAAACUGGAUAAGAAUUGAUUAUUGUAUUCACCAGAUGUUCUGUAAACUCACAACCCCACUCUGCCCAGCUGUAAUGUAGGCUUAGGGAAUGACGACAGGGGCAUUGUGUAAAAUACUGAUAGUAUAAUGUAAGAUGUUAGCAUUGUAAAUAAAAGGAAAUAAAAACCAUAUAGCAAUAAAUAAACUAGGAGAGAUGUAUUUACUGAUUUAGCUAUGUGAUAAUAAGUGUGAUAAUGUAAGAGAAGUUAAAGGAGAUCUGUAAUGCUUUGAACUUUGUCCCCUAUCCGAAGGUUUUAGAUCACGGCCCCAUACAGGAGAUCCUUCGGAUAGGGGAUAAAGUUUAGAGCACUACAGAUCUCCUUUAAUAAGAGAACACAAUUACCAGCACUCUAGGCCGCUCCACACAAGAUUCCGGUUAUACACUGAAAGGCAGCUUUACAUGAUGGUAACAAAAAGGCAUCUGUUCUAGGAAGGAAACUGGUGUCAAGCAAUAAUAGGAGAAACAUGUAGGGGAAAACUUACUUAGACUAGCAUUUCAUAUGUAAGGCUGGGUUCCCACUACAUUUUCUCCCACACGGGAGCGCAUACGGCAGGGGAGAGCUAAAACCUCACGCUCCCGUAUGCCUUCAUAUGCGCUCCUGUAUGUAAUUAAUUUCAAUGAGCCGGUCAGACUGAAACAUUCAGUCGGCUCAUUUUUGCGCCGUAUGCACUUUUACAACCAGACCUCAAACCGUGGUUGACCACAUACAGCGCAAAAAUGAGCUGACCGAACGUUUCACUCCGGCCAGCUCAUUGAAAUGAAUUACAUACGGGAGCGCGAGGUUUUAGCUCUCCCCUGCCGUAUGCACUCCGGUAUGGGAGAAAAUGUAGUGGGAACCCAGCCUGAGUCUGAAGCAGAAGUCUCUUUUGAAAUGGAGAGAGAGAGAGACUCAAAGUUGCAAAUUCAGCACAAAACAGACGCGAGUCUAAAAAAUGUGACGUUAUUUUGUUAAGUGUCCCUUCCCGAUAAUGAUUAAUAUUCCUGUACCAUCUUAAUGGUUGGUGAUAGAGAGCUGAUAAUAGUUGACAUCUCUGUGGAAUGUUCUGUCUUCCUCAUACCUUAUAGUCUCCUGCAUGCUCCUAAUGCAGUACUACUUUAAGUAGCCUGACUAAAGUAGCCCCUUCCUGACAUAGGGUACAAUUAGUAAAAGGAGAUUGGUAACAAAUUUUUAUAAUUGUAGAGAUGUUUACUUGUAACAUGGAGGGAGAUUGAGGUUAAAGGGGAACUCUGGUGGAAAACAAAUGUUUUCAAGUCAGCUGGUGCCAGAACUUUCAGUACUUUCCAGCUGCUGUAUACUACAGAGAAAAGUGUGAAGUUCUUUCCAGUCUGACAACAAUGCCCUCUACUGUCACCUCUGUCCGUGUCAGGAACUGUCCAGAUUAGAAGCAUAUCCCCAUAGCUCUGGACAGUUCCUGACACUGACAGAGGUGUCAGCAGAGAGCACUGUGGUCAGACUGGAAAGAACUUCACAAAUGUCCCUGAAGUAUAUCUGUAGUAUACAGCAGAUGAUAAGUACUGGAAGGGUUAAGAUUUUGUCAUAGAAGUAAUUUACAAAUCUGUUUAACUUUAUGGCACCAGUUGAUUUGAAGAAAAAAAAAUUCCACUGGAGUACCCCUUUAAAAGACCCCUUGGGAUCCAAGUUAGUUAUAUUCCUGAUGUCAGCGUAUAAGGAGAUUCAUUACAGUCCUAGGUAUUGGUAAGGUAUUGUUUAUGUAACCUUCUCAACAAAUACAUAAGUAUUGCUAAUGGACCAUAUAUUUAUCUAUUCCCCUUUUACAUUCCAAGUCAGGUUGUACUUGAGACUAGUCACCUGCUUUGUAAUAGCAAUGGUUGUGGCACUGGCCUUGGGUGUUACUCUCUUAACCCUUAUUGUGGCAGAAUAUGAUUGUGUAGGAUUCCAACAACUAUGCUCUCUGGAUGUCAGUCACAAUGGUAUAUAAUGAAUCCUGGAAGCAUUGUUUACUGUUAUUAUGCAUUGUGACAGAGGUAUGGAGAUUACAUGCCGGACAUUAAAAUGACCACCUUCCUGUAUAAUAAACUUCUCUAAAGUCUGGCAAUUCUGGGAAAUACAUUUUCCUAUAAAAUAAUAUUAAUUGUGGCAUUUUCAUGCUGUAUAUGUAUAUGACAUCUAUAUUAUGACAUUAUUACAAUGUAAGACCAGCAUUACCAUUGUAGCCACGAUCAGCAGAACCCAUAGGAACCAUAAAUAAAACAAUUGAUAUAAAAUGGCAUCUGGAAGAAAUAGAAUGAAAUGGCACAUUAGCAAUAAUUUCAUAGUUUAUGGUAAUAUAGAUAAAUAUAUACACGAGAAACUGUAAUGAAUGCACAGUAUAUAAUCUUAAGCACAAUGAAGGCACAUUGUUUAUACAUUAUUUCUGUAGAAUAGAAGCACAUACUGAUAGUGUUGUAUGAUAACGCUACAUGAUGGAGGACUCAGUCUUCACUCCAGAUGCUGGAUUCCAACUAUACAGCAUCUAUCUAUGGCUGGUCAUAUAACCUACCUGUGAGGAAUAUUUUGGAUGCCAACUUGGUUUUAAGAUAAAAAUAUUGCGUGAACCUGUCCAACCAGAUAUGUGUUGGCAAGUCCUUCCAGUUACAGCGGUACCUAUUGUAAAGAAUGAUGUUUCUAAAAUUAUAAAAAGUAAACUGUAACUUGACAGUAGGCCAUUGGUUUCAAUGUAAUGAAAUGGCAGGCCCAGUUUCAAUAAGAUGAAUUUGCUUCAUACUGUAUGUGUAUUUUAUGCCGAACCUCAACACCUGAUGUGUUAUUUAUAAAAGUCUCCUGCACUGAGAAAUGGCUCCACCUUGUGGCAGAGACAUUUUGUGAUGGUUAAGGAGUGUAUUUGACAUGCUGUUAUAUCACUCCCUAAUGCAGCAUAUUAUGUGUAUCUGUUGUCAGAUACAAUGUUUGCUCAUUGUGUAAUAGAUAUCUUCUAUGAGUGUUCUCCAGUGCUCUGUUCAGUGUAGACAUCAACACGUGUAACAGAUCAGACAGUGCUCAUGUACAUGAAAUAAACUCUGUUCUUACAAGAA